AUGCCAGCGAAGCCUCGCAAGUCAGCACCGCAGAACCCAGCAUUCUUUCUCGAUCAGCAGGAAACCUACUCGAUCCACUUUUCGCUCUUCCAUCCCGACCCGUCUCUAGCCAGCCAAGCUCCUUUUCAGAGUAGCCCUAAGAAUCGGCUGGCCAUCGAUCAGGUCUUCGGCCAGCUACCAGAUACAGCCCUACAAGGCGACCACGGCUCGGCGAGUCGCUCUCAACGCAGCUUCUUGCAUCGCCACCGCUCGACAAAGUCCUUCGGCUCGCCUAUCGAUAUUCGUUUCGGGCCUAUUCGCCUUGACUGGGCUCAGCGCGCUUGUUCGACCACAGAUAUGUCUGGCGAAGCCGGAAAUUCUAGUACAAGUACAAGCUCUGUACCAAUAGCUUCAGGCUCCAGUGGGCAACAACCCGCCAAGGCACAGAGAAGGAAGCAUGUGUUUCAUGCCAAAGAGCCACAAGUAUCCUUACCUGUGGCUAGGUUCGAGAAGACAGACUCGUUCGAAGGCGAUGCUUCUGGCUCAGCAUCAAGCUCUAGAGAUGUAGACAGGCAACUUGCCUCAAGCACCGAGAAGUUCCAAGGCAUGACCAUCGGUGUAACGGAGGUGGCCUUUGGUAUCGUGCAUCUCUUUUGCGACAAACAGGAAGCCACAACGAAUACCGCUGCAUCUUCUACAAAGCGCAGAGGCUCAAGCCAGCCCGCUGCGUCCUCAGCGGCAUCGCAAAACCUCGAGAACCAGAUUCCGGAACAAGAUGUUGGAGCAAUUGUUGCUGUUCUUGCUGUUCCAUCUCACUUGACUGCUUCCCACUUCCUCUCCUACAUCGAGCCGGCAGUGGAGGCAAUCACACAUCUCCGCAUGGUCAGAGAUAUGCACCCAAAUCGUUGUAUGGUGCUCAUCCGCUUUCGUGAUGCAAAAGAUGCUGAAGAUUUCCACAAGAUGUUCAACGGCCAGCCUUUCAACGCUAUGGAUCCGCAAGAGAUCUGCCAGGUGGUCUACAUCACUUCCCUUACCGUAUCAAAACACUCAUCCUUGCCGUUCAGCUAUCCAACACUCACCAACUCCGAUCCUUGGCCGCUUCGACCGCCGACAAACACAGCCAACAAAGCAGCUCACGAACUGCCGACUUGCCCCGUCUGCCUCGAACGCAUGGACAGCUCGGUGACAGGGCUGAUGACUAUCUCCUGCCAGCAUACAUUCCACUGCUCGUGUCUCUCCAAGUGGGGCGAGUCCCGCUGUCCGGUUUGUCGGUACUCGCAGACAGGUCAACCUUCCGUACACCAUCGGCGAAGGACACCGCGGUCUUCGAUGCAUCCUUCCACUCCUUCGCCCAACGGUCGCGGCGACAGUAUUGCCGAGCCUAACUCGGAAGAGGAAAGCGACCUGGAUGAGCCGAGCUGCUGUGCGGUCUGCGAGACGCAACAGGACCUGUGGGUCUGUCUGGUCUGCGCUUCAGUCGGAUGUGGUCGGUACAAGCAAGGCCAUGCACAUCGACACUUCAGCGAAACAGGUCAUCUGUACAGCUUGGAGCUUGAGACGCAGCGAGUCUGGGAUUAUGCCGGAGACGGAUAUGUGCAUCGCCUCAUUCAAAACAAGGCAGAUGGGAAGCUAGUCGAAUUGCCAUCUGCAUCAUCCGCCACUGCAACACCGGAGCGAAGCAGGACGUUGCCUGCUUCAGCCAGCUAUGCGUCAGCCAUGUCGACAACCGGGACCAAGUAUUCUGGUCCGCCGCUGGAUUACGCACACGAAACCCGUCGCUAUGCGGCAGCCGCAGACGAGACCGAUGGAAGCUCGCUGCAGCAGCAACAUUAUCAUCAUCAUCAUCAUCAUCAGCAUCAUCAUCAGCAGCAGCAGCAGCAGCAGCAGCAGCAGCAGCAAGAUACGAGACAUACAGGCUCAAGCCGUCCAGCAGAUGAGAAGCUCGAAGCCAUCGGAAUAGAGUACUCCUAUUUGCUGACCAGCCAGCUGGAAUCACAACGUCACUUCUACGAAGACAAGCUGGACCAAUUCCAAGCUCAACUCACCUCUAUGACAGGUGAGCUCGCCUCUCUUUCGCUCAAAUCCAAACAGAUCGACGAGCUCUCGCAACGGACAGCUGAGCUCGAACGCACCAACGAGACCCUGAAGAAAGGCAAGGAGAAGAGCGAUCGUAAAGCAGAGAAAGCAGUCGAGCUAGCACGAGCUUUGGAGAAGGAUCUGCAUUCGGAACGCUCGAUCAGUAAAGGCUUGAUGGAUCGACUGGGCAAGGUGAAAGAGAGCGAGACGGGUCUGAAGGCUCAAGUUGUGGAUCUACAGGAGCAGGUGAAUGACCUGAUGUUCUUUGUGCAGGCCAGGGAUAAGAUUGAUCAGGAAGGAAGUGAGGCUCAGGGUGGUGAUGUCGAGAUCAAGGAAAAGCCUAGUAGGAAGGGAAAGGGUAGAAGGAAGUAA